GAUGGAGAACUGACAAUUACUCUGGAAAUGACAUGAAUUCAUCCGACGGUAAAUAUCAGCUAAGUAAUAUCGGCACAAAUAGAAAAACAAGAGAUAAACUUUAGAACAAUGUAAGAGAAAAAAGUGUCAAAAAGGUAAAAAAAUCCGACAUUCAAGGCAGAGGACCAUCAAACGUUACAGGAAACGAUAAACGCACGUUACAGGAAACGAUUUACCAGCCAAAAUAUUGAGAAAAGGCAAAAAUAUUAAAAGCACGUUUAUGUAUAUAUUAAAGAACAGAUUAAACCCGUGAGCAGGAAUAUUUCGACGGCAUGACAUAAUUGCAGAGCAUACAGACAGAACAGACAAACCGCUAAACAGUAGAGGUCUAGCAAGAAAAGACAUAGCAGUUCCAAAAGAGAAGCAAGUUUCUAUGAAAUAUAGUCUUCACAUUGAAAAGUGUUGUGGUCUGUAAAUCCUAUUUCAUGGCAACUCUUGUAGUGUGCAAUUCAAUUAUUGAAAGUGCCAUGAAAGGAAAGAAGAUGACUGUUACAAAAGGUUUGACAAGCGCUGAAAACAUGUUCCUCAUAAUAAAACCAGAUGUGACCAGAGGCCUCUUGUAAAAGAUCAUGUAAAUUCUGUAAUAAGAGCGGUUGGACAUUGUACAAGAAAAGACAUAAACAGAGAGUUUCUAGGAACAGUGUAAUCUGUGCCUAAACGAUGUUUAAUGUCUACUUAAAUUUAUCUUUUUGCAUUCCUAAGAUCAGUGCGAUACAUGUACACAGUACUAUACUGCAGAAGCAAAACAUGAAAUAAAAUUUCAACAGAUAUGAAAGGUAUAUCUAUAAGACCAAACGCUCUUAUUGAUUACCUCUCAAAAACGUGUGGAAUGUGUUGUGCCAAAAUGCGUCAUCUUACAAUAAAUUAUUGUAAGCUUUUAACUAUAUUGCAAGUUAUUUCAUAAAACAAACUAUGUACCUUAUAACAUUUCCCUGGUGUUAUCUUUACUUUCGUUCAGUAAAAGGAUAGUUCUUUUGUGAGCAAACAUUUCAUCACAAUUUAAAAUGAAUUGUUUCUGAUAUUUUCAUUAUUAUGGAAUUUAUUGUUGUAUCCAAUGACAGCUCUCUCCAGGCAGUGCAGUCUCACAUUUAAAAUGGUAUGGUAAUUGGUGAGAACAGCUUUGACUUUCUAUUCAAUAUAAACAAGUGCGGUGUAGCACGGAUAUGUUUUUAAUAAUAUGAUCAACCACAGAUCGCAAGCAUGAGAUAUCAAGUUACAGUACGAUCGGGAAUAUUUAAUAAAUUAGUUAAGGCAUUUGUUUCAAUAUGUAAAUUUAUUUUGCAUUAAAAUCACAAUAAAGGUAAGAGUGUGAUUUUUAAAUUAAUGUAAUUGUUUAACGUAUAUAUUUGCUGUAUCAGUUUCAAACUUAAGAUUAAAAUGUUCUUUUUUUUUUAGAAAAAAUGGACCAUGAAACCAAAAAUAGCUAAAUGUUAAUAAUAAUGAGUUCGCUUAUGGCAAAAUAUCUACUGACUUAAUGGUUUGCUUAAAGUACUUUGAUGCAAUCUUUUCAGACAGUCUGAUAUUUAUCGAGAUAGCACUCAUCAAACCGAACAUACUAUUAUGUUGUUUGGAUGCGUUCUAUGCUACGAACGGAUCUUUUCAUAGACAAAACAGCAAUUUAUAACAGCCGUGCGGCGCCUUUAAAAUGUCUCCCCUUGCUUAAACUCAAAUUAGUUUUUGCUUGUCUUUUGGGGUCAGGCAUAACUUUAAUUUUACUAAUAAUAGAAAUCCGCUUAAGCCGCUGCUAGAUGUCGUGACCGUUGCUGCACAUUUCAUUACCCAUCAUGAAUUAACUCAGUCAAACCGAGUCUACAAUUAUAUUUCUUGAUUGUAUUAUAUGCUUCCAAAGAACCUUUGCGCAUAUUUUGUUAGUAUAUUUAUAAAUGUAGUUUUGACUGGAAUUUUGUAGUAUUUGUAUGGUUGUAUUACGCUGCUUUUCAGGUGCUGAUUGGUAUCUUCCCGUGUGUGUUACUAUCGUUCGUGUACAGCUCUGAGACAAUUGUUAAAAUGUCCAAAUUAUGGAUGGACAGCCAAAUAAGUGCAGCAAGUAUUUUUUCUUUAACAUUGCACUAAACAGACUGACAGUGCGAAGUAAACCUCCUUAAACAAUAACUUCGUCAAAUUGCGUCAAAUGAAUGCUAUUUCCUCUCGUUAUUAGAUUCCCAUAACUCACUGAGUUUGAUAAUAACAAGUGGAUGAAGUAUUGCCAUGCAAUACAAAGUCCCCUACUGUAAGGCACCAAAUUCUUCUUGACUGCAGUAUAACAUAAUGAACUGAUAUUUGUCAAAGAUGUAUAAACAAUAUUGUAUUAUAUAUAAUAUACAAUAUGUUAUAACAAACCACACACCGUUGUUCAUUAUUUUAUAACAUCUAUAAAUAUUUACAAGAGUGCCAGAAUGUCACAUUAUACGCCCGUAUUACCAAAUUUCUUUACACUAGCCACUGUAUCUGCAUAUGGAUUUUGUUGGCAAAUUAUAAAAAGUUAUAUGAUAUAUGUUAUUUGCAGUAACAACAAAGGGAAAUUUAUCCUAACAAGAGUGCGAGAAUGUCACAACAUACGCCCGUCAUAGCAAACUCCUAUAGCACCUGUACUUGCAAAUGGAAUUUUAAUUCUAUAGAGUUUAGGGAACAUAAAGGUUGCAAAUAAAACUAGCAACUGGACGUUUGAAAUACUUUGGUAUAAUCCACCCGCUUUUAUCAGAAUUCACCGUAAGUAUGCAAUGAUAAGUGGAUUCAGAACAUGUAAAUACAGCAAUUGUAAAAUGAGUUUUGAUAAAACGGAUGCAAAUAGAAGCCAUGCAAUUAUAUUUGAUGGCCGAUUUAUGCCGCGAUAUCUUGAUUUUACACGUCAAAACGGCCAAGUUUGGAUUUUUGGUGCUCACGAGUCCCCACUUACAUAUGGUGCUGGUGGGAAUUGGUGGUAUAGAAAUACAGAAUAUACAUUCAACUGGACAAUGACAUAUGACAGGGAUAACACAGACAUAUUUCUACCAUAUGGAGAAAUACUAAAACGCAAACACGAGGAGAGGAGAGACUUCAAGUCAUUAGCCCUAAAUAGAAAUAAAACACUUUUGAUGAUAACGUCACACUGCAAAACACAUUCGAAAAGACAAGAGUAUGUUGACCAGUUGAAAAGAUAUAUUGAUGUUGAUAUUUUAGGACGGUGUGGUAAAAAGUGGGACUGUGGAAUUCACUUCACACAUGAUGAAAACUGCUUUCAAAUUUUGAAUACAACUUACAAAUUUUAUUUAGCAUUUGAGAACGCUUUAUGUCAUCAGUAUAUCACGGAAAAGUUUUAUGAUAACUUCAAUUAUGAUCUGAUUAUGUUGACACGAGGCGGGAGUAAAAGGGAAACAAAAACACUAUUUCCUAAAGGAACAUAUUUAGCAACAGAAGAUUUCAAGUCAAUCAAGGAUCUUGGAACCUACUUGAAAAAUCUCAGUGUCGAUGAAUAUGCUGAAAUGCUUAAACGAAAGAGUCAGUUUUAUUCACCUGGGUAUUUACAUGUUUACAAGAGAGCAUUGUGUGAUAUAUGUGAGAGAAUGAAUUUCAAGGACAGAUAUUCAAAAACUAUUAAAAACAUUCAAGAGUGGGCAUUCGGAUCUCAGCCUUGUCUCAAACCGCAAGAUGUAACAGACGUUUGAUGAAUAUAUGUGAUAAUAUCCUUGUUAACAGGCGUAAUUUCAACACAGUAUAAUGCUUUAAACAAAAUCCAACAAAUCAUUGAUGCGGAAUAAGUAGUCUGUUCAGAUAUUAAACUUAGAAACUAGUCCUCAAAAAUCAUUUAUUUCUGAAAUAUUGCAUCAGGAAUCUUAAAAUGACAUAUAAUGUCUCAUAAAUGUCAUUGUGCACAGUGUUCUUUAUUGUUUUAUUAAUGGUAUAUGUAUGCAAAAAGUACCAAUAUUUAUUGUGAAUAUUUGAAAAAUUGUUGAAACAGAUAUAUCAAGAUUUAUAUAUUUAGAACAUAUGCCACAUAAAAAGGUCUUAUUUAGAUAUUGCAUUUAAGUUUUAGCAUUAAAUCAAAUUAUUAUUAAUCUUAAUAAAUUAGAAAUGUUGAAAUAAUAAAAUGAUAAUAACAUGCAUUGUCUGUUUCUCGUGAAAUAUUGAAAAAUCUUAUAAUAAUGAUAUUGAUAAUAAUAAUAAUGUUAUUGAUGUUGUUGAUGAUGAUGAUACUGAUGAUGAUGAUGAUGAUGAUGAUGAUGAUGAUAUAUGAUGAUGAUAAUUCAAGAAAGAACAGAAUCAACAAUGACUUUUUGUUGCAUCCAUACUAAUGUUCGUAUUGCUAAAGGAUUAUGCAUCUUGAAGUUGACCUUAAUUGAUUGAUACAAAAAGGUGUAAGCUUGCAUAGCACAUGAUUUACAAACAACAUGAAACGUCCAGGAAAAUCGUCUUGAUUCAUUUUUUACAAGUAAAUAGGGAGGUAUUGAACUGGUUUCAUAACAACUUUACUGGUACAUAAAAAUACUAUUC